AUGGAAUACAAAGGAAAGAGCUACUACGCGUUGUAUUCUUCAUUCUUGUUAUUUUCUGAGGCGGAAAGCUACAAACUGUCAUUGGGCAGUUUCAUUGGAAACGUUACAAAUUCCCUGACGAAGACUAACAACAAUCAGAAGUUCAGCACAUACGACAGGGACAAUGAUAUCGACAGCACAAGAAACUGCGCCAAGGUGUUCCUUGGGGGAUGGUGGUACAAGAACUGCCACAAUAAUCGCAGAAAGAUCAUUCCUGUUGGUAAAGUCAUAGAACCACAGAAAGAUCAUUCCUAUUGUCACAGAACCACAGAAAGAUCAUUCCUAUUGGUAAAGUCACAGAACCACAGAAAGAUCAUUCCUAUUGGUAAAGUCACAGAACCGCAGAAAGAUCAUUCCUAUUGUCACAGAACCACAGAAAGAUCAUUCCUAUUGGUAAAGUCACAGAACCACAGAAAGAUCAUUCCUAUUGGUAAAGUCACAGAACCGCAGAAAGAUCAUUCCUAUUGGUAA